CAAACAGGGAAUGGCAUGGAUCGAAAUGUUUCGACAGUCGUUUAUAAUUCAACUUUUAGCGCUGCUUACAGGUUCUUGUCAUGAUAAAACAUGGAAGCAUAUCAAUACUGAGUGUUUUAAGGUUAUGGACAAUCCAGAAUUUUAUGACAAAGCAUAUUUGUCGUGUAAAGAGGCGGGAGGGGAACUCCUAUCUUCCGGAAGCAGACACGUUCUUCUGGAUCUCAAUAUCACGUCUAUUACGUGGUUAGGAAAUUUACAAGAAAACGACAACACAUCUGAUUUCAUCAGCUAUUAUGAUGGGAAAGAACAGGGAAACAUAACAUCAACAAGACAAUGUCCCAGUAUUGAAAGCAGCUCCUCAAUUGUUACUUUCGAUUGCAACAAAAGUUCAACGGUUGUGUGUCAAGCAGUGCAUUUCUCCUCGAAUGAGAAGGACGGAAAAGGAAUUCAUUUGAAGUUUGGUAGCCAUAAUAAUCUCUGGAGUCAUCCUUCUCAUUUUUCUUACACUUGUGAUAUACAGUGCGAAACAUCGUCUGGAUAAUGAAGAAAGACAGAAUUCAGAGACGGUGGUUUAUGGCAAGUAUACACACUUGCAACAAGUUGAAGAUGUGAAGCUUAAUGUUAUUAAUGAACAGCCAAAUUUUGUGCCCAACAAAACUAUUUUAAGUCAAAAACCAAAACCAUCAGCAACAACAAAUGGAGAAGAAUUACGGGGAGUAUCAGGAGAAGAGAGUGUUCGAAUAAGAACGGGAAAUAUGUACAGUUCUCAGUCCCGUCUGCAGGUUCAGAACAAAUGUUGAAUGACAGAAACUGCUGAUUUAUAAGAUAAAAGCCUAUUCCUGCAGUUGUUAUAAAUACAUGUACCAGUUUUUCAAUGACUACAUGCCCGUGAAAAAAAUCCAGUCGGUUACUAGUAUUUUUCACUGAUUGACAUUUGUUUCUUACUUGAUAUAUUUUGUUUUAUAAUUUUUUGAAAAAUUUUUAUUUUUAUAUAA